AUGAUGCACAGAGUGAACCUCAGCCAAGACCAGUGCGCUGGAAAAAACGUGACAGACAGGGAGAUUUUAUUCCUCAAAGACCAUCAUCCAGUCGAAGUACUAGUUGGAUGCCACGUGUGUCCACAGAUCAGCAUCAAUGUCCACGUGAAGAACCUAGUUAUGUUGCCAGUGUCAACCCAACAAAAGAUCAUAAGGAUCCUUAGAGAACAAGUGGAGAGCCUGAAUGUGACCAAAAAUGAGCUGGGUGUGGAUGACGACACACUGCAGCAGUGGGUGGCCGAUGUGCAGAAAUGGGCUGAAGAUUGCAACAAGAGGCGACACAGAAUUCGCAAGGUCAUCUUAGAUGAGAAGAAACGCUUGGCGGCUGCUGUUGACGACUACAACAAGCUUGCUGAACCAACAAAGCAAAUCGUAUCCAGUGAUGCCCUCAAGCAGACCGACAUUUGGCCCUGGCAGAGCACAAGUGAACCUGCUGCAGACCUCCAGACAAAGAGAAAGGUCUUUGAGAAGGUGAUGGCUGUGAGGCGCCUGAGAGAAGAGGAGACGAUCCUUUGCAGGGAGAUGCGGCAUCACUGGAUAGUGUUGCGAAUGCGAUCAGUGGUGUUGGGGACAAUCUCCUCAGACUCCUCCCUUGUUGGCAUGUCGGGGGAUGCACAGAAGGGACUCUGUAGCCUGGUUUUAAAAAAACAAAGUGAACUGAAAGCUGAAAUGCUCAAAGUAAAGUACAAGAGAAUCCUCAGCCACCAACCACUCCUGGAAAUGGACUCGGAGGAGGAGGAAGACAUUCCAGACGAUGCCACUGAGAGUGAUUUGAGCACUUCUGUGGAAGACUGA